GUAGCCUCGCUUUGCCAGGGUCGCGGGCGGACGCGCGCCGCAGUCCCAGCCUCAGACGCGCCGGCUCAGAGGGCAGCUCAGGGACCGCCAGGCUGGGGCAGCCAGAGGCGACAGCUUCGUCUAGAACGAAGGACAGCUGCGCUCCGGGCUUCACGGCAGUAGCGCGGAGCUGAGCGGUGGGCGCGGCGCGAGAACGGAUCUUUGAGAUCUUCUUCCUCAGCACUCUUCACCCUUGUCUGCUGAGGACUUUGAACCAAAGCUGCUCUCAGCUGUUGGCAUCACUCUGAGGAAAGGACGCUUCAGAAAUCAGAGAAACAUUUGGGAGGCUUCUAGCCCAGGGGACCUUCUGAAGAGCAAUGCUAGGAAGACAUUCGGCUUAAAGAAUUAAAAGGAAGAACAACUUCUUCACAUAAGAAGACCUACAAAGUUCCCUGCAUGAAAAUUAUUUAAACGCUGAGCACGAAGGUCCACAAAAUAUUUUGUGAAAGAAGAAAAGGAAAUUCAGUUUGUGGGUCUCAGAAGGAGUUAAGCUAACGCAGCUUAAAAUAAUGCCGAGAAAGAAGCGCUUAUCUGCAGGCAGAGUGCCCCUGAUUCUCUUCCUGUGCCAGAUGAUUGGUGCACUGGAAGUACCUCUUGAUCCAAAACUUCUUGAAGACUUGGUACAACCUCCAACCAUCAUGCAACAAUCUCCAAAAGAUUACAUUAUUGACCCUCGGGAGAAUAUUAUAAUCCAGUGUGAAGCCAAAGGGAAGCCUCCUCCAAGCUUUUCUUGGACCCGUAAUGGGACUCAUUUUGACAUAGACAAAGACCCUCUAGUGACCAUGAAGCCUGGCUCAGGGACGCUCAUAAUCAACAUCAUGAGCGAAGGGAAGGCUGAGACGUAUGAAGGAGUCUAUCAGUGUACAGCGAGGAACGAACGCGGGGCUGCGAUUUCUAAUAACAUUGUCGUCCGCCCAUCCAGGUCACCACUGUGGACCAAAGAAAAAAUUGAACCAAUAACACUUCGAAAUGGUCAAUCUUUAGUACUUCCCUGCAGACCCCCAAUUGGAUUACCACCACCUAUAAUAUUUUGGAUGGAUAAUUCCUUUCAAAGACUUCCACAGAGCGAGAGGGUUUCUCAAGGUCUGAAUGGGGACCUUUAUUUUUCCAAUGUCCUCCCAGAGGACACCCGGGAAGACUACAUCUGUUAUGCCAGAUUUAAUCAUACUCAAACCAUACAACAAAAGCAACCAAUUUCUGUAAAAGUGAUUUCAGUGGAUGAAUUGAAUGACACUAUAGCUGCUAAUUUGAGUGACACUGAGUUUUAUAGUGCUAAAUCAAGUAAAGAGAGGCCACCAACAUUUUUAACUCCAGAAGGCAAUGCAAGUAACAAAGAAGAAUUAAGAGGAAAUGUGCUUUCACUAGAGUGCAUUGCAGAAGGAUUGCCUACCCCAAUUAUUCACUGGAUAAAAGAAGAUGGAACACUACCCAUCAACCGGAUGUCUUAUAAGAACUUUAAGAAAACUUUGCAGAUCACUCAUGUUUCAGAAGCAGACUCUGGAAAUUACCAAUGUAUAGCAAGAAAUGCAUUAGGAGCCAUCCAUCAUACCAUUUCUGUUACAGUUAAAGCGGCUCCAUACUGGAUCAUGGCACCUCAGAAUCUUGUGCUGUCCCCUGGAGAGGACGGGACCCUGAUCUGCAGAGCUAACGGCAAUCCCAAACCCCGAAUUAGCUGGCUAACAAAUGGAGUCCCAGUAGAAAUUUCUCCUGAUGACCCCAGCAGAAAAAUUGAUGGUGAUACCAUUAUUUUUUCAAAUGUUCAAGAAAGGUCAAGCGCAGUGUAUCAGUGCAAUGCCUCUAAUGAAUAUGGAUAUUUACUGGCAAACGCAUUCAUCAAUGUGUUGGCUGAGCCACCACGAAUUCUCACACCUGCAAAUACACUCUACCAGGUCAUUGCAAACAGGCCUGCUUUGCUAGACUGUGCCUUCUUUGGGUCUCCUCUCCCAACUAUAGAGUGGUUUAAAGGAGCUAAAGGAAGUGCUCUUCAUGAAGAUAUUUAUAUUUUACAUGAAAAUGGAACGUUAGAAAUUCCUGUGGCCCAAAAGGACAGUACGGGAACUUAUACAUGUGUGGCAAGGAAUAAAUUAGGGAUGGCAAAGAAUGAAGUUCACUUAGAAAUCAAAGAUCCAACAAGGAUCAUUAAACAGCCUGAAUAUGCAGUUGUGCAAAGAGGGAGCACGGUGUCCUUUGAGUGCAAAGUGAAACAUGAUCAUACUUUAACCCUCACCGUCAUAUGGCUGAAGGACAACAGUGAGCUGCCUGAUGAUGACAGGUUCACUAUCGAAAAAGAUCAUUUGGUGAUAGCAGAUGUCACUGAUGAUGACAGUGGGACCUACACAUGUGUGGCCAACACCACUCUGGAUAACGCUUCUGCCAGUGCUGUGCUAAGCGUUGUUGCUCCUACUCCAACUCCAGCUCCCGUUCACGAUGUCCCAAAUCCUCCUUUUGAUUUAGAAUUGACAAAUCAACUUGACAAAAGUGUUCAGCUAUCAUGGACCCCAGGCGAUGACAACAAUAGUCCUAUUACAAAAUUCAUCAUUGAAUAUGAAGAUGCAAUGCAUGGAGCAGGGGUAUGGCACACGCACACUGAAGUUCCUGGAACGCAGACCACAGCCCAGCUGAAGCUGUCUCCGUAUGUGAACUAUUCCUUCCGAGUGAUGGCCGUAAACAGCAUGGGGCACAGCUUGCCCAGCGAGGCAUCUGAGCAGUAUUUGACAAAAGCCGCAGAGCCAGAUAAAAACCCCACGGCUGUGGAAGGACUAGGAACAGAGCCUGAUAAUUUGGUGAUUACAUGGAAGCCCUUAAAUGGUUUUGAAUCUAAUGGGCCAGGACUUCAGUACAAAGUCAGCUGGCGUCAGAAAGAUGGUGAUGAUGAAUGGACGUCUGUGGUUGUGGCAAAUGUAUCCAAAUAUAUUGUCUCAGGCACACCAACCUUUGUCCCAUACCUGAUCAAAGUGCAGGCCCUGAAUGAUGUGGGGUUUGCCCCUGAGCCAGCUGUCGUCAUGGGACAUUCGGGAGAAGACCUCCCCAUGGUGGCUCCGGGAAAUGUGCGUGUGAGUGUGGUGAACAGCACCUUAGCCGAGGUGCAUUGGGACCCUGUUCCUUUGAAGAGUAUCCGAGGACACCUGCAAGGCUAUCGGAUUUACUACUGGAAGGCACAGAGUUCAUCUAAAAGAAACAGACGUCACAUUGAGAAAAAGAUCCUCACCUUCCAAGGCAGCAAGACGCAUGGCAUGUUGCCUGGCCUGGAGCCUUUCAGCCACUACACACUGAACGUCCGGGUGGUCAACGGGAAAGGAGAGGGCCCAGCCAGCUCCGACAGUGUCUUUAAUACUCCAGAAGGAGUCCCCAGUGCUCCGAAGUCUUUGAAGAUUGUUAAUCCUACGCUGGAUUCUGUCACUUUGGAAUGGGAUCCGCCAAGCCACCCGAAUGGCAUUUUGACGGAGUACACCCUAAAAUAUCAGCCAAUUAACAGUACACAUGAAUUAGGACCUCUGGUAGAUUUAAAAAUUCCUGCCAACAAGACACGCUGGACUUUAAAAAAUUUAAAUUUCAGUACUCGGUAUAAGUUCUAUUUCUAUGCACAAACAUCAGCAGGAUCAGGAAGUCAAAUCACAGAGGAAGCAGUAACAACUGUGGACGAAGGUAAGAUGGCUGGUAUUCUUCCACCUGAUGUAGGUGCAGGCAAAGCCAUGGCGAGCCGGCAGGUGGACAUCGCAACACAGGGCUGGUUCAUUGGCCUCAUGUGCGCUGUCGCUCUCCUCAUCUUGAUUUUGCUGAUUGUUUGCUUCAUCAGAAGAAACAAGGGUGGUAAAUAUCCAGUUAAAGAAAAGGAAGAUGCCCGUGCUGACCCUGAGAUCCAGCCUAUGAAGGAAGAUGAUGGAACUUUUGGAGAAUACAGUGACGCAGAAGACCACAAGCCUUUGAAGAAAGGAAGUCGAACUCCUUCAGAUAGGACUGUGAAAAAAGAAGACAGUGAUGACAGCCUAGUUGACUAUGGAGAAGGGGUAAAUGGCCAGUUCAAUGAAGACGGCUCCUUUAUCGGACAAUACAGUGGUAAGAAAGAGAAAGAACCAGCUGAAGGAAAUGAAAGCUCAGAGGCACCUUCUCCUGUCAACGCCAUGAAUUCCUUUGUUUAAUCUGUAAGCUCUUUGCCAACAUCCCAUUUCUCUAGAAUGUUUAUCUCAAGCACUUGUUUGUCGGCCCUCUCAUACUAUGAACAUAUGGGUAGAGAGUAUUUUUUCUGCUGUAUGUUAAUAUUAUGAGAACAGUUGGAGCAAAAACAUAACCCAGGCAAAUGAUAAUGUUAAUGUGAAUUGGAAUGCAAAGUGCAAACUUUUUUGUUCAAAAUGGGUAUUUUGAUUUCCUCAGAACUGAUAAAAAUGAUGCAACAUCAUCAACAGAUCAUGCUAUUUCCUCUUCAGGAUACAAUUCCAUAUGAUGCAUGAAAAAUGCUACACAGUUAAAGGACAUACCUGUGUAUGUUAUUAAAACAUGGUUUGAUACUUUGUUUAUACUAUCCUCAGCUGAACCCCUGAAUAUGAAUUCCGUUUUCAUUGUCAAGAGUGUUACUGUAGUAUUCUCUAGACCUUCAAUGUCUUUGUGGACAUUGUCGUGAAAUUGGUGGCUGUAUGUCUAGCUGUCGUUAGUCUUUUUGGGAGACUGCUAGGAACAAUAUGUACAGUAUAUACUUGCUAGAUGAGUUAAUCACGGCAGUCGCAUUCGCUGAUGCUUACUGAGACUCUGUUACCUGCUCUUGGCUCCUGUUACUUCCUAGGCUUACUUAAUCUUCCAGGUAUUACAGCAGCACCAGUGUUCUACAUUGUACAUCGUUUCUAUGUUCAGUUGUUUUGAGGCAUAAACAAUGUAUAUUGCAAUGCAUUUCAGCAUCUGUGCCAUACUGAAAGAACCGAAAACAAAUCACUCAAAUUAGAUUUGGGAAAUUGUUCUAGAGACCACAGGGCAAGACACAAGCAGUGCCUUCAGACGAUAAGCAUUCCACAGCACACUGCAUCCGACAGUGGCCGCUGCAGUCAAUUCUGAGUCCUAGAUGGCUGUCAUUGUCUAAAAGUAACUUUCAAAAAGCAGAGUUAGUGAAAACUGCAAUGCUGAAAAGAAAGGAAAUGUGAGAAUAAAAAUAAUAAGACAGUUUGUUUUAAAGAGCAUUUCCUCCUAACUAUAACAUGAAAAGAGUCUUUGUCACCAACCGGAGCACACAAUGACUUUUGCAGUCCUUUUUGCUUUCUGUUAUUGAUUCAGCAAGAAAGAUGUCAACAUGCUACAAAAGUAAUAAAAACAAAUUAUUUCAAAACGAAAAGCAAACAGCAUGCCAACAGUGAUACAUCAUUCUCUAAGACUUGAUCCAUGUGAGCUUUCAAAACUCUCUGCAGCAUUAAGAGAUGUGUGUUUACGCAAACUGCUACGGACACAUUUCAGAAUCUAAGAAAUCUGGAUUAACAGGCCAACAGUCAAAGGGAUUACAUCGACAAUUUAGAAAACAAAUAUACAUAUAUAUAUUCUGUCAUAUUCAGAAAAAUGUCUAGCAAAUGGUUUACCUCCAAAUAUGAAAAUUUAUACCAACCUAUGGUUGAAGGAAUGCUCAGUUUCAUUUGCCAAUAAAUUGGUUUCUCAUAACUUGCAUCAAGUUUAAUUUUAAGUAAAGCUUUUUAUAUGUAGAUAUUUUGUUGAAUUUGUAAAUACACUUAAAGUAUAGAUGCUAUAUGCUUAUAGGAGUUACAUACAAAUAAACAUGCAAACAAUGUUUAUGUUGUACUGUAUAAGAAGUAAGCUAAUUAAUGCAGUGCAUGGGAUUGGAAAGCAUCUACUUAAAUAACUUUUGGGUUUCCCCCCCUUUUUUGCUGUGAAACUGAAAUCGUGGACUGUUUUACAUAUUCCAGCAGGUUUCUAGAUGAAAUUUUCAGAGCUUUGCCUAUGUGGCACAGUAGGCCUAGUCACCUGUCAUCUUUGACAUAUGUAGGUAAAGCAUAGUUGAAAUAGCCCCAGGUAAAGAUGGCCCUAAAUACUUUUGUGUUUCUAUAUCCACUUUUCACAGAUCAUCCUGUCUAUUAGACAUGUAAAAAGACAAAACAAGCUUGCCUUGUCAUCAGAGAGCACAAAGAUAAAAGUUACUUUAAAUUUGCCAAUGUUUGGGGAGAAUAAUAAAAACUCAGUUUUUCCUCUCCCAUACUGGUAGAUGCUAUAUUUAUCUGUGCAUGAAGGGGUCAUCUCUGUAAUAGUGCAACAGAUUUUGUAUUAAAAAUUAAAUGUGGUUUUAAAAGUCCCUCUCUCUUUUGUAAUUUAUCAUGUUCCUAGUAGAGUAUAAAUGUCCAAGUAAUGGUAUAUGGAACAGUACAGGCAAAUGUGACUGGAUUUCCACCAAAAACAGGAACUAUUAAACAGUCUUGAUC